AUGUCACGGGACCCCCCUCGUCAUGUUCUCGGAGCUAAUGUCUCAAAAUCAGGAAGGCUCAUUAUCCACACUGCAAACGACACUGGAACUGCUAGAAUAAAAGCUCGCCCGAUGACUAUUCUUCAAGCAGCUCAGGCCUCCGAUUGCUUUCCUAAUUUUGAUUCAACUAUUGGUGACCCACCCACAGUUCACUCGGAUGUGCCAUGGCAUGGUAUAGUGGUCCAUGAUCUCCCAGCCGAUUCACUUCGCGACUCUUUCGACUCCGCCACUCCAAAAAACAGCAUAUGGUCAUUACUUGAAAACGAGGCAGGGGUAUCUAGGCAGGAUAUCCGAGGGCAAAUACGGGCUCUUUGUCGCGAUGGGGAGGAGUUUGAAGACAAGAACAUCACAGAACGGCUCUAUCACUCUGGCAUUUUUCUCUUUGGCUCCUGGUGUCGAGUCUCUCGAUAUCGGGAGCGGAAGAGGAAACCUCAACCUUCAACUCCAACUCUAGCACCCCACGCAGAAAACACCACGCCGCAAUAA